GUCUGUGAUCGUAAGGAAUGGAUCCUGGGGUCCCGGAAGGACAAAGAUGUGGGACCUGGGGAGCCCCGAGGGUCUAUGUGGAGGGAACGCGGAAUUGUGGGGUGGGGGCUUGGGAUCUGAUCAGGCUUGGGGCCUGAGGAGUGAGGAACGAGAACCUAUCCCUUGAGAAUGGGAAUGCUGCUCAGUCACCCCACUCCUGAGCUGGGGGCUCCUGCCUUUGGGGUCUGCCCGAGAGCGGGGAGGCGGAAUUGUGGGUCUGGGUCCUGCCGCUGAGCCGCUGCUCGCAGUUUCUGGGUCAGUUCCGUCAAAAGGAUCGGAGCUGUGCCUGCCGGGAGGUGUGUUUGUUCCUUUCUCCCCGCCCCUCUUUCAGUUCUCCGCUCACGAGGCCUCCCGGGCCCACUGGCCUCCAGGUGAACCCCGCGGGUACGAGCGAAGCUGUGCCCACGGCUUUGUUGCCUCUGAACGGCGGUUUCUGUCUGGCGGGCCUAAUUCAUUCUGAAUUAAAAGUGGUGGUAGCAGGCAUGUCUGUUGACUACAACCUGCAUUCCUUUGCCUCCAGUUUUCUUCAUUGGCCUUAACACACACAAAUUACAUAAAAAUCCGCGGCCUGGACUGGAUAAGCACAAAGUGUGUUUGGCAUCAAAACUAUAAGCAUGACUCCUGAAUGCUUUGUGGCUUAUUUUUGGUACUCCCUGAGCGAGUUGGAAUCUCCCAGCCUUGCUGACUGGUCAUGCAGCCUUAAGCCGCUAUCCCCAGUUAGCAGCAAAAAGCUGGCCAGAGAGAGGCUCCAGGAGGCCACCUGGCCCCCCCUACUUCAAGUUACGCUGCCCCUGGAGAAACCUAGACAGAUGGUUGACUUUGUUUCCUUUUUAAAUAUCUUAAACUCUACAAACUCCCCUGGGUGAUAAGAUUCUGGUCUUUAACAAAUCCUAAAAGUCACCGAAUUCCUCCUGCAGACUCAGCUGCUGUCCUAAAUGAAUACCCUCACCUGAAGAAUAGGAGUGAAGUUCAAUUUUAACACCAAUUACACCAAAUUUUUCCUUGUUAAAUACAAAUUUGGGGAAAGUUGUUUUAAUGCAUAAGGCAAUUUGGGACCAAUUCAUUUUGGUUACCUCUGAUUUCCACCACAGGGAACUCAUUGGAGGACUAAUAUAGAGUCUUUGUGGCACAUUCCAAGGGCCAAGAAGUUGUAUUUUGUUUCCCCCCGAUAACCCAAAUGACCAGUCUGUUUUCCACCAUUUGGUAGAGUCCUUGAACCUGAAACCUCACCAGAUAGCAUUUCAUUGCAUGCAUCUAGACUACAGCAUCUGAGUAUAUCUUCCUCAGGAAUAUGAAACUGAAAAAUACUGGAUUUUUUCAGUAUUACUGAUAUCCUGACCUUUCUCUGUCUGCAUUCAUCCCCCAAGGAGCAAGAUCUAUAUCUUCCUUUUUCCAAACUUGUGAACUUGUGAAGGUGAGGUCAUAUCUUAGCGCUCUUAUCACACAACCUGGCCGGGGCCAGGAGAAAUGAGAAAAUUAGACUCUAGCAAUGUUAGUGGGUGAACUGGUGGCAGGACAUACAGGUGGACACUAACAAUUUAGAUUGCUUUUAAUUAUAGAAGUAGUAAAUGUACAUAGGGAAAACUGUUAAUACAAAAAGGAUAUGAAAUUAGAAAAAGAAAAAGAUCCUUUUUCUUCUCCCUAUCCAAUUCCCCAGAGGCCACACUAUUGUUUCUUGUGUAAAGAAAGACAUGAUUUAGACAGAGACACUAUUAAGUUUGAGUGUUGCUAUUAAACCACGUAUAACUUUUAGGAAAUUGUGAAUGCUUGCCUUUUACACAAGACAAACAGCUGAUAACCCAGCCACCUCUCCUGCUGAUACCAUAUUUUCAGCAUUUGAUACCAGAGAAAUUUUCUACAGUGUCUGCCACAAUGAUAGUAGGUUGUUCCAUUUAAAAGAAAUCCUGUUUGGGCUUCCCUGGUGGCGCAGUGGUUGAGAGUCCGCCUGCCGAUGCAGGAGACACGGGUUCGUGCCCCGGUCCGGGAAGAUCCUACAUGCCGAGGAGCAGCUGGGCCCAUGAGCCAUGGCCGCUGAGCCUGCCGCUGAGCCUCCUCCUCGUACCGCAAAGAAAAAAAAAAAAAAGAAAUCCUGUUUAAGUUAAUGUCCUAUUCAUGGAGUCCCGACCCAUACAUGUUGUGCUGGGAAAUGAAGCCUGUGACUUGGACUCCAUGGUGUCAGCUCUCGCCCUGGCUUUUUAUCUGGCAAAGACAACUGAGGCUGAAGAAGUCUUUGUGCCAGUUUUAAAUAUAAAACGUUCUGAGCUACCUCUACGAGGUGACAAUGUCUUCUUCCUUCAGAAGACUCACAUUCCAGAGUCCCUCUUGAUUUUCCGGGAUGAGAUUGACCUCCAUGCAUUGCAGCAGGCUGGCCAGCUCACCCUCAUCCUUGUUGACCAUCAUGUCUUACCCAAAAGUGACGCAGCCUUAGAGGAGGCAGUAGCAGAGGUGCUAGACCAUCGGCCCAUCGAUCAGAAACACUGCCCUCCCUGCCAUGUUUCAGUUGAGCUGGUGGGGUCCUGCGCUACCCUGGUGGCCGAGAGAAUCCUGCAGGGGGCACCAGAGAUCUUGGACUGGCAAACUGCAGCCCUUCUUCAUGGAACAAUCAUCCUGGACUGUGUGAACAUGGACCCUAAAAUUGGAAAGGCAACCCUAAAGGACAACCAAUAUGUGGAGAAUCUAGAGGCCCUCUUCCCAAAUCUGCCCAAGAGAAAUGAUAUCUUUGAUUCUCUGCAAAAGGCAAAGUUUGAUGUAUCAGGACUGACCACAGAGCAGAUGCUGAGAAAGGACCAGAAGACCGUCUCCAGACAAGGCACCAAGGUGGCCAUUAGUGCAAUAUAUAUGGAUUUGGAGGCCUUUCUGCAGAGGUCUGGCCUCAUUGCAGAUCUCCAUGCCUUCUGCCAGGCUCACAGCUAUGAUGCCCUGGUCGCCAUGACUAUCUUUUUCAACACUUGCAAUGAGCCAGUGCGGCAGUUGGCAGUUUUCUGUCCCCACACAGCACUCCGAGUGACGGUCUGUGGAGUCCUAGAACGCUCCCACUCUCCGUCCCUGAAGCUGACCCCUGCCCCAAGCAUCCACCCUAACCUCCAAGCGUAUCUUCAAGGCAACACCCAGGUCUCUCGAAAGAAACUUCUGCCUCUGCUCCAGGAAGCCCUGUCAGCAUAUUUUGACUCCACAAACAUCCCUUCAGGACAGCCUGAGACAGAGGGUGUGUCCAGGGAGCAGGUAGACAAGGAAUUGGACAGGGCAGGUAACUCCCUGAUUCCUGGACUGAGUCAAGAUGAGGAGGAGCCUCCACUGCCCCCCACACCCAUGAACAGCCUGGUGGAUGAGUGCCCUCUGGAUCAGGGCCUGCCGAAAUUCUCAGCCGAGGUCAUCUUUGAGAAAUGUAGUCAGAUCUCACUGUCAGAAUCUACCACUGCCUCCCGGUCCAAGAAAUGACUGUUGGGAGGGGAGGGGGAAGUGAAAGAGGUUGCUUGAACCACCCUGAAUGCAUGUUUUGAGAUGUUUCAGCAAUUUUGUCUUCAUUGUUCCAGGAUCUGGUAUACUGUUCUCAUAAACCUAGGAGGAGAAAGAAGUAAAAGAAAGCUGAGCUGGCAUUCUCCCUUUUCCCCACAAUCUCUACCAAUCAAACAAAUUUUAUUAUUUAAUUUAACUCCUUAAAUCUGCACUGACUCUCCUCUAUUUCAUUUGCCAGGGUCAUGAUGUGAUAACAUACACAGUUCCAGCAGAGUGGCACAGAAAGACUGUGUACCCCAAAAGUGCCCUAAGUCAGGCUUUUUAACAGAACCAGUAUUUCUUAUGGAACCAAACAUUCAUUGUCUCCAGUGUUCAUUUAUUCUCUUAUUAAUUCAAGUAUUUAUUGAACACAGUACCUACUUUUAGCUUCUUCCAGUUUUUAGCCUUUAGUUGAUUUUCACCUCCAUGACUCCUCUUUCUGCCGCCAAUUAGGUGAUGGUGUCUCAUUCCCAGUUUGCUAAAUUUCUACUCUGAGCUUAUUGUGACUGUUUCAGGAUUGUUUGGGAGCAGAUUGGAGGCCAUUAUCUUCUGUCCUGAUCGGCUGGCCUGACUCUCAGUUUCUUUGGAUCCCUCUGACUCAGAGCCACAGGCACCCUGAAGAGACCCAGAAGACCCCCCCUGGUUCUUGAGAGUUCAGGAGACACCUGGGAAAGCCUUAAGACCUCAUGGGCACUCUUCGCAAAAGACAGUAGAACUACAAUGAGACCCCUGGCUCUGUCGAUUUCUUAUCCAUCUGAUUUUCUCCUUGGGCAUAGUAGAAAGAAACACGAAGUUCAUACCGACUGCCAUCAACUGUGUGGCUUUUGUCCAGACACUCACUCCUCUAGAUCUCAUUUCGCCGUCUGCAAAACUGAUGUUCCCUGGUUUCUGUGAUCUGCCUGUUGCCACACCGUCCUUUCUUGCCUCGCUUCUCUGUUUUUUUGUUUGUUUCUUUUUCCCUGGGAAUGCUCAGGGUCACUGAAUUGUCUGUUUAUUUGUGAUUGUACCAAGGUACUCAGCCUCAUGUAGCAUGUACAGGGGUAUGAUUCAUACCAUAGUGACCCAGCAAAGAGCUCCCUUCCACUGACUUGUUCUGCAUGUGUAGAGUCUCCCUUUUCUCUUCAGACCAACCUGUUCCCCCUUUUCCUACCCCACAGCUCUGCUCCCUGUAAGUUUUCAACAGUUUCGCUGAACAGUGGGGUAUGUGAUGGUUUUGGCAUGAUGUCUUCAUAUGAGGGAAACUGACUUCACUUUGAGGGGAUGUUUGUAGCCAUUGGAAGGUAAAAUAGUGGCGUGAUUACUGAACCAAAGGAAUUUAUGUUUUGUAACUUGGGUACUUUUAUUUUGCAUUUUGUUAAAGUAUUAAAUACUUUUUUUCUGUU